AUGGGUAAGUUGAACUACUCAGCUAGAAAAAUCACAGGCCUUAAGGCCGGACAGGUUGUGUCCAAGGAUUUGAAAAAGAGAAUCACUCCCGGCGUUGGCGCGAAAGCUGCGGCAAGAGAUCCGAAUGUGGAACUCGAUGUCUCGGGCAAGGAACUCACCGACGAGGGCUUUGCUGAAUUCAUUGAUGACCUGAUCGCUUGCAUGAAGUACCGCGACGAGGAGCACCCCGAAGGCUCUGCUAAGGUGACCGAGCUGCAUUUGCAGGGCAACCAGCUCACGGUCGAAGCGCUCCGGAAGCUAUCUGAAGUUAUCAAGCUUAGUAUUGCCGAUCUUCGAGAAUUGGACAUCUCCCAUAACAACCUUGUGGUUUGCACCCCCGAAGAGCAGGAGAUAUGGUACGACUUUCUCGACUCGUUCAAGAACUGUUUCUUGCUGAAGAAGCUCGAUCUCGGAAAUAAUCCACUUGGACCGAAGGGCAUUGAGGUCCUCGCUCGUGUUUACAUGCAAAGCGACCUGGACUUUCUCGAAGCUGAUGCCGAUGCCGUCGUUGGGAUGAGCGGUGAGGGAGACCACGAAGCUGACGCCAUCGCAAAUGAAUUGGAAAAUCUCAAGAUAAACGGGGGGGACAACGAAACUAUCAAAAAGACGUCUUCGAAGCAAUCGCCCAAGAAGAGCAAGGUUGCACAGCAGAAUGGUUCUUCUCACGCUACUUGCGCCACGAAGAAACUUACCUAUAUAGAGCUGAAGCGAUAUGCCUGCACUCGAGGCCUGCGCUCGAUCCCGUUCCUUAUCAUUUCCAACACCAACUUGACCAGCAGUUGUGCCGUGCAUCUGUCAAGCAUGCUGAGCAUGCACCGCAGUCCCGAGCAGCUCUUGGCUUUUCUACCCAGUGGAAAAGGUCCCAUCCUGCCAGAAACGGCAGAGCAAUGCAAGGGCAUCAUAUGGCUCCCGAAUGAUGGCCUUGGUCUGAAUGAAUGCAAGCUUCUCGACAAAGCCGAGUUGGUGCGCGAGUACAAGUCUAACGAUGACACUGCAAACGACGAGCUUAGUGAGGACGACGACCAGAAUGCGGCACAACGCAAGCUGCAGAAGAAGCUUGACAUCGAGCACGCUAGACUCGCCAAGAGAGUGUGUAUUGAGGCUCUAAAGAAAGAGGGCGUACACAGCAACGAUAUCUGGAGAGUCGCGUUGAAGAUGAUGACUGUCUCCCGCGCUUUACUUUUAAACGACAGAGAUCGCAUCGUCGAAGCACCCUCUGAGGAGGAGCCCUCGAGCGUGGAGGAGACUGACGAGAGGGUCGAAGAGCAAGAAACCAUGGAGCAGAGUCCAGAAUACGUCUUCGACGAAUAUGAACUCUUCGAACCUAUUGAUGUCGGACCCUUUCAUCCCGGUGCUAAGCACUUUGAAGUCAACUUUCCCUCUUUGCAUCAAGUUCAGCAAGUUCAGCAAGUUCAACAAACUAACGGCCACGACAAAGACGUCCAGUCUCGAGAGACAAAGGAAUCCACACCGCCGAGCCAGCCAGCCCGCUCAGGAAAGGGUAAAUCCCAUCCCAGUUCGGUCUCUCGCAGCUCUCGUAAGCGAGAAUGGCGCUUCGGACUGCCCUUUGCAUUCUGGCGUCAGAUUAUCGCGGAUGCUGUCGGCGCUGACGGUAUUCUCAGUCACCAGCAGCAAGUCCGCAUCAUGACUUACGCUGCCGAUUGGAAUGCUGUGAGCUAUGAGCUGACCAUCAAAGGAGCGGAAGAUCACCAGCAGAUUUGGAAGUUCCUUGAGACUGUCAAAUGCAUCACCUACAGCUCUUUGACUUGA